UAAAAAAAAGAAAAAGCAGAAUUAAAUGAUUAGAAAUUUCUAACUUCGAAGGACAAUCAGAAACUCGAACGAUUAAACAAAAAUCUACAAGUUCCUAAUAUGGAUCAGACGGAGAAACUGUCAGAUCAAAUAAAAGACCAAAAAUCUGCAAGUUGAACUUCAACGAAACAAGAACUCGAAACUCGAGAGAUUACUUCUUGAAUGAUAAAAUCGAAGAGAAAUGCAAAUCUACAAAUUCCCAUCUGCGUCAGACGACGCAAAUCCUGUGAUUUGGCGACUGAAAUAAAAAGAGUGGACGUGGAUUUUGAUGUGCGACGCGCGACACAAAGAGAGCUCGAGGUUCUUGCUCGAUCCACCAAGCAUACGAAUGAAUAUGAAUAUACGAACGACUGAAUAUAUACACGAAGCAACAAUUUCGAAGUGACUGUUGGUCUGCAACUACACGAAACCGAACAUAGUCAUAAACCCCGUACUUCGCGAAGAGAAAAUCAGAACUUAGAGAGAUCGUUUCACGAAUGAUCAAAUCGAAGAGAAACAAGAAUCUACAAUUGAGAAAUCUGCAAGUUAAACGGCAAACUUCAAGAAGAUAAAGAUUCACAGAGGAAACGAGAGUGUACGAGCUCUUAUUUGGAUCAGAGGAUAAUCCACUGUUUCAAUGGUUCGAUUAGAAAAAGUGGACGCAGAUUUGGAAGGAGCAACGUUCCUCGAACGCAGAGAGAACGAUUUCUCGAGGUUUCAGCGAGCACAGUCCUCGUUCAAUUACCAAGAACAGUAAAUGAGUUUGCUAUCUAAAUUUCAGAAGCAAUUUUGAAAAAAGAAACAACUAUAUAAAUACCGAACUUGAAGCAGAUAGAAAAGACAAUUUGCCAAAUAAUCGAUAGAGAAAGAAAUAAAAAUCUACGGGAUCCUAUCUGGCUUCUGUCUGACGAUUGGACUAAGAAACGCGGGCAUGGAUUUGGAAGGAGCAACGUUUCUUCGUACAUAAAAAAGAACCGUUCCUCGAAAUUCCCACGAGUAUAUUGGAUACUGGCUGAAGAAUCUGGUCUCGAGGACGUGUCAAGGAAUCCCGGAAGCUCCGUAGCUGUUCGUUCGACCGAGAGACCUGCGCGUGAACCGAGAGACGUUUCUUGAUUUGCAGUGAUCGUUGAUCCGCGAAUCGGCGAUUGCUUUCUUCGUCCUUGGAGGGCUGGGUCUCGCGCUGGGUUUCCUGCAGGAGCGCGACGUCGUUCAACGCUCUCGAAAAGAACGUUCUCGUUCCAGUUUCUCGGUGCAGAGAUAGCAGAGUCUCUGGGAUGUCAAACUGCUGCAGCUGCAUCCGCCGUUGCGGCACGGACGCUUAUCAGCCGCUGAGCUCGCAAAGACUCGGAUGCGGCGGCUCGAAGGUCUACUGGGAUGGCAGAGAGUCGAUCAGAAGCCCGAGGAAUCAGCGUAGAAAGCUGAGCGUGCGGUACGACGCCGUCAGACCAGCCGGAGUCGCAAGUGAUCAGACAACGCCGCAUCGCCAUCUACCUGGCAGCCUGCGAGGUUCCCUGAGCUACUCUCACAGCCACCGGCACAAUCAUCUCCAUAGACAUGAUCCACCGUUGCCACCGGUAUACUGCACUCCGCCUCCGCCACCCACCUCCAGUUUCGCCACAGUGCAGCGUGGCUGCGCCCUGCAUUCGCGGCUCGAUCAGCCGGUGACCAGCUCGACGUCUGGGAUGGACAGCAAAAAGGUUGUCCAGGCGGCGCCGCUGCCCGUACCUGUCCAGGUACGUAGCAAGAACGAUGGCUCGGGGGUGGCUGCGUCGGUGUCGGGGGUACGCAGACGAAGCGGCUCCCAGGGUUUACGAUCACCAGCCGCGAAGAGGCCACUCUCCGCCCCGGUUGCCCUUCAGGGCUGGCUACACAAACAGGGCUCCGAGGGGCUCAUGCUCUGGAAGAAACGGUGGUUCGUCCUCUCCGAGUACUGCCUCUUUUAUUACAAAG